GUUCACCGCAUUCAUUCUCGUCGGCAGAUGGCGGAUGCAGUAGACGCCUUCCAUCAGUCGUGUAUAGACAACUCGUCGAGCGCAGUGCGGUUUCGUUCCGCUAAGCACCAUUUUGUGUGUAAACUUUCGAACGGGACAUUGUGUGUAUGUGCUCCGUGAAUAAUCUUUAAAUACGAAUUCAGUGUUUAAUUCAAUCGAGUGUUUCACUUUCGACAUGCCCGCGGUGGGAUCGAUGCGAUAUCUCGGGCGCUCGUAGAAACCGCGCCUCCGUCAUGAGCGAGUGAUCGUCGACGUAAAAAAAGUUGACACAGGAAACAUGUCUGGGCGGACCGCCGACGCGGAUACGAGCGAAGGGUUCGAGUUCGAAAUUCGAAAGCGGUCAUGUCAUCGCCUCUCGGAUUUCGUAUAAGUCACCGUCCAAUGUCAAAAUCGUGCACGUACCGCGAGCGCCGAGAGUCCGGAGCGAGCGGACAAUGCAGUCGUUGGUAGUGUGGUGGGCGGUGGUGUCUGCGGCCUGGGCGCUGGCGGGCGCCUGCUCCAGCUCCAUCAGCAAGCGGCCGGCGCGGCCCGCGCGCCCGCAGCGUCCGCCGCCGCAGCCGCAGCCGCAGCCGCGCCUCAACGUUACCUUCCCCAUCUUUAAGUGCGAGCCGGACUACUCGGAGUACUAUUGCCUCAACGGCGGAGUGUGUUUCACAGUGGUGAUCUCGGACAGUCCUAUCUAUAACUGUGAGUGCCGGAGCGGCUUCGUGGGGCCGCGAUGCGAGUUCAAAGACUUGGACGACUCGUACGUGCUGACGAGCCGGCAGCUCAUGAUGGAGACGGCGUCGAUAGCGGGCGGCGCGACGGUGGCCGUGUUCCUCGCGAUUCUAGUCUGCUUCGGCGCGUGGGUGCGGCUGCACCGGCGCGGCAAGGCGCCGCCCGCGCCGUCGGCGGAGCGCGGCCAGGUGCACCUGGUGGCCGUGGCGGCGCCGCGCGGGCCCGUGCACCUGUGCGCGCCCGCGCCGCCCUAGCCGCCCCAUCCGCCCCAGCCGCCGCGCCGCCGCCGAGGACUCUGUCGAGCGACCUGUUCAUAUUUCGUGUACAUAUAGUUAGAUUAUGUGUUAAGUGUGGAUCGAACGGGAGAUAAAAAUUUAUGUGAUAAUUAAUUUACGGAGCAUAUAAUUUAUUUCUGAGGAAUUUCUUUUGUAUAUACCGUAACGUUCGGGAGUUGCAGUUUGUCAAAUUCCAGUCCCUCCAGCUGUGUUUGUGAGACGGUUCCGUUGACGUGUGUUGGACUAGUGAGAACGGCGACGACCAUGUACCUAUAUGCUACUCGCUCAUAGAAGUUGUUAUGUUGUAUUGUUGGAUUAUAUAACAGGUUAUAUUCCCCCUGCUUGGACUGGAUGUGUUUCAGUCCAUGUGGCAAUGUCUAAUUUCUUAUAAGAAUACAAUAUGAACAUCCAUCAUGGUAGCUGCAACAAAGUGACCACCAUGAUGGAGUCCUGUGGUUCCACUGCAUGUUAUUGUUUUGUAUUGUAGCAAAUGUUUAGUAAAUGGGCCUUAUUGUAAAGUCAUGAGCACUUAUACUCGCAAUAGAUAAUUUAUCUAUACCCAGCAGGAAAGCUGUUCUUUGUGUAUUGCAAAGAACAAAUUUUUGAUGGGCCGGGUGUCCUGUGGCCCUGUUAACUCUUGAUAUUUGUAAAUCAAUGUUACUUGUAUUUAUUACUUGUUGUAUACAGAGAGUAUUGUGAUGAAUUGGGAUGCUUGUGAGGCAGCGAGUAGCUCAGUUCCUAUUGCUGUAGCACAUUCCAUCACGGUUAGAGAUUUUUACUGGUGUCAGUAUUAUUUUGUAAUACAUGUUAAGCCUGCAGCUUUACUUUAUUUUUUAAUUUAUACCUGAUAUCCCACUGGGAUAGAGCUGUAUUAUAUUCGUUUAAUGGUGGAAACCUGCCCUUAAUGAGAAGGCUUCUUGUAAAUAUAGCCCCUGUAGGUAUUUAUUAGAUAUUUAUAAACAUUUAUUUAUUGACUGCUUUAU